UUGUUUUCUAUCUGACAUGUUUGUUCUUAGGGGAAAGAGCUCAGGGGACUAAUCCGAAUUCAUUCUCAUCUCAACGUCAAGAGAGUAGUUUUGUAUCAGCUAAUGUGGGUGAAAGCUUGACUUUGCAAUGUUUCUUUGAACCUGAUGGUGCUACAAGGAUUUACUGGUACAAGCAAAGUCUGGGACAGAAACCGAGGCUCAUCUCUACCCUGUAUGUGUUCAAUAAAAAUGGCACUUUUCAUGAGGAGUUUGAGACCAACCCACGCUUCACACUGGACACUGAAGUUGGGAGAAAUCACUUGAAGAUAACAGAUUUGCACACUUCAGACUCAGCUGCUUACUUCUGUGCAAGACGGGUCUUACUGACUAUAGAAUUUGCAGCGGGAACGAUUGUUCAUGUAAAGGGUUCAGGUUUGACCGUCCCAGCUUCGGUCCAUCAGUCAGCAUCUGAGCCCAUCCAGCCAGGAGGCUCUGUGACUCUGAACUGUACAGUACACACUGGGACCUGUGAUGGAGAACACAGUGUUUACUGGUUCAAAAACUCUGAAGAAUCUCAUCCAGGACUCAUUUACACCCAUGGAGGCAGGAACGAUCAGUGUGAGAGGAAACCCAACACACAAACACAAACCUGUGUCUACAAUUUGCCAAUGGAAAGUCUGAAUCUUUCUCAUGCUGGGACCUACUACUGUGCUGUUGCCUCAUGUGGACACAUACUGUUUGGAAACGGGACCAAGCUUGACAUUGAAGAUGCGCCGGACUCUCUUGUCUUGGUGUAUUUCUUGAGUGGAGCUUUGGGAUUGACCACCAUCCUGGUUGUUUUGCUGGCUUUCUUAGUUUGCAUGAUGAACAAGAGAAACAGCUACUCGGACUCUCAAGCAAAGAUUCAUGCUCCCUCCACAGUAGAUGCAGAGGUGAAUUCAUUGUGUUUAGAAUAACAUUCAAACAUCGUUUUAUUUUAAUUAUUUUGUUGACAUUUUGAAAUAUUUCUGUCCAUAAACAUGUUGUUAACAACUUUUUAAAU